CUUUGUCCCGGUCACCGUAGUUAUGCAUACCGUGGUCGCAGUGUCAAGAAAUAAUGAUUUACGACUUGAUUUACUGCUACGUUCCAUUGUCUUUUAUUAUUUUGAUGAAUAUAUUUCUCGAAAGGUUUGCAGAGCAUGUCAAAGAAUAACCUUCGAGAUUUGUUUUUAUUCGAGAAGCAAAAUCUAAAAAUAUGUUUUUUUUUUAUAUAGAUCAGGAAUAUAAGAGUGCUAUUGAACGAAUCGAACCAUGAAAGGCGAUGUUUCUACGAAUUUUUUUGUUUCGAAGGGAUGUGGCCGCAGGCACCAUCAUCGUCCUCAUGACCAUCUUUCCUCUGUGUUUAUGACCUUGUGCUUGCUGACAUCAGCGCCUACCAAGGCGCCUACGUUUGCCCGCAUUUGCUGGAUCAUGGAGUUUCUGAUAGAUAUACUACCAGCAUCUACCAGGUUCUGGGUACCACGGCCGUGCUAGCACGUACACUAAACCUCGCAGCCAGUGUUUCCUUGGUUUUGCGCAAACGUUUGUCAUUGCCAAUGCUGUUCUUCGGCCUGCAGGCGUUGUAGAAGAUGAAACGAUGGGUGGAAGUUGGUGUUGUGUUGAGGGCUGCACGAACAGGUCAACGAAAACGAACGGUGUCUGUUACCACAGGUUUCCGUCCGACAGCGCUCUUCGCAAGAAGUGGCUUUGUGCUGUGCGGCGCGUCGUCUGGUCCCCGGAUAAAAACGCUUGCGUGUGCUCUGACCACUUCACUCCAAACUGCUAUAAAGACAGCGUGUACUUGAUGGAAGCCUUUGGGCUCGCAAAAGCGAACUACGGCAGGCGCCUGAAGGAAGACGCCGUGCCAACGCUGUUCGUGCACACGAAGCCCAGCCACCCACCAUUACCGCGAUGGAGAGCGGCCAAGCGACAAAGAGCUCAGCUUGCCCAAGAGGCUCUCAGUGAUGCCAAGCAGCUUGAUAGUUCUAUGGAGUGUAGCAAGUGUGGUCCUAGCUGCCAGGCCACGACCAGUUUGAGGGGCAGUGAACGAACAACUUCCUGUGCGAGUGCCACUGCAGAGCGCAAGUGUGACUUUGUUGUCAAGACACAUCACGUUGGUCACAGAACAAUGGCUGCACAAACCUGUCUCCAGAAUUCUUCUGUUGGUAUUCAGGCCAGUCCUAUGUUUGUAAAGGACAGCAGCAUCCAAACGGACGCUGCUAUGCUCAGAGGAAUCGCAUCAGGGGCCAAGGCAUUUGUGUCCUGCACCAAAACCAAAUGUUGAUGUCCCAGAUCUUGGUGCAAACAGGUAUGAAAUGUCAGCAAUGUACAGAUUGAGAAUGAAAAAUGCUUUUUAACAGUAGUUGCAAAUGCAAUUUACGUGAGUUUCAAUUCUGCCUUCAGGCCAGGCUACAAUAAGGACAGCUGCUGUGGGUCUGAUGAAUCAGACAAACCCGCCGUGGUGGCUUAGCAGCUAUGGAGUUGCACUGCUGCGCUUUAGAUCACAGGUUCAAUUCCCUGCUCUGGUGGCCAUGUGUUUUGAUGAAGGUGUUACGUUUGACCUGCAGAGGCUGGCGAUCUUUGGGGAAGCGACAGUCCCCAACCGAACGGCGCCACCAUGUCUGCUGCGACAACUCGCUUUGUAAAAACCACAAUGCACCGCUUCCCCUGCCGUGAGGCGCCGGGAUGUCUAGACGCAGUCAAGUAUUGUUUGUGGAGUUACCGCCGCCUUCUCCGGUUCGAUUGGAGCGGGGGAAUUCCUGGAAGAAGAUGCUUUGUGGUGCCGCCUCACGCAGCCUAGAAGUCUUCGGUCAAUGGACAGACGCGGCGGCCACUCACUGCAGGGUCAACUCUGGGAUAAAGAGGCGCCUGCUCGGGUCAAGCACCGUGUCUGCGAGAACCCUCUCACCUUGGUGGGGUCAGUGCAACCUGUGCGGAAGUGAGUGCGUAAACCCUCCCCCUCAAAGGUGGGUCAGCUACAAUGACUUUGGACACUCCAUUUGGUCGAACGGCCGUUUUCCCUCACCUAGGGAUCUAGGGAGGACAGAGUGUUUAUAAGCAGCUGUUGUCGGCUCUACAGGGUGCGUUCCUCUUUCAGUCAUGUUAGACUGAUGAACUGUAACGUUCUCAUGUAGAUACUGUAAAUAAAUCCCAUAUUCCUUGUUCUCAAUGAGAACAAGAGGCUCCCCUCAA